AAAAAAGAAAAGUGAUAAUAAUGCAAGUAAUGAUAAUAAUGCAAGUAAUGAUAAUAAUAAUAAUGAUAAUAAUAAUAAUUAAUAAUAAUAAUAAUAAUAAUAAUAAUAAUAAUAAUAAUAAUAAUAAUAAUAAUAACAAUUAUUAUCAGUAUA